GGGGGAGGGGAAAGGGAGGGGGAGGGGAUGUAUAGUGUACCGAUACCAACUCCCUGGCAUGAAUGCGAUUAUCGGGUACUGCGAACAUGUACUAAGAAAGCAUUUCAACGCAUUUUUAAAAAUCAGAUUCCUUCCUCACUCCCUAAAAAGAGUAAAGUUGCCCAAAUGUUCCAUCCAGAGCUGUUCCUUCCCGUCAGGCCCUGGCUUCCCGGUUGCUCUCCUAUCCCACAGGUGUGGUGGGCGAUGCCAAUUAGUGUAGAUCCGCACGGACUAAGUUACCAGUUCUCUGGGGUACUUUUUACUGCCACUCAUUAACAGAAUGCGCCAAAGAGGACCAGCCCCAGAGCACCCCUGGAGUCCUGCAGCCCCAGGCUGGUCCAGCGCCUGGGGUCCUCCGGGGGUUCCGAGCUGCUCACGUUUGAGAACCACCCCAAGGCUCGCAGCGUCCUUAGCAGCUGGUCCGGUGGCCAGUGGCUUGGUCUCGGAUGAGUGGGUCAGGGUGAUGGUCCCUCCCUUCGUGGUGUUGGUUUCCAGGGGCUUCCCCCUUGCCGGGCGUCUCCUCCCGAAGGCACCGGACGUGCCCAGGUGCACUAAGGCGUGCCCAGGUGCACUAAGGCGGAACCGGCCAGGUGCAGCUGCUCAGGGCCCCGAGAUGCGCCAGGCUCUGCGUGCAGCCGCGUGGGCGUGAGCAGGGUCGCGGCUCCGGCGUCUCCUGAGGCUCCCGGGCCACGUGCGGCAACUGCCGGGCAGCGAUGGAGCUGGGCGAACAGGUGGGCUGCACCAGGCGGGCACUGAGGCGCUGCGGGUGGCCAGGAUGGACAUCCAGGGAAUGCGCAGCUGCCGCUGCCCUGGCUGCUCUGGGUACUGGAUCCCUGAGUUGAGCUCCUCGGAGGAUGAAAGCCCCCCUCGAAUGCCAAGGAGGCCACCCUGGAAGAUGCCCACCAAGCACAGCACCCCUGAGGGGCAGGAGCCAGCCCUGCACUGGAGCCCAAGGCCUAGGGGCCAGGCCUCCUACCUUCGAGAGUCCCCAGUGCCUGCGCACUCCACCCAGGACCUUGGGUCCCACCUAGCAGGGCUCAGCCCUGGGGCCACCUUCAAGAGGAGGAGGCUUUCCACCAUCUAUGCCUUGGAGGAGAGGCCCAGCAUGCAGGCAGGGUCCUGCUCGGACCCCUCAGCUCUUAGGGAUGACUCACCAGUGCCAGCCUCAUUGGCCAGGUCGCAGCAGAAGGCAAAGAACCUGCAAGCAAAGAGCUGGCCACGCAGCACAGGUCUCCCCGGGAUCCCAGACACAACCAGGAGGAAGAGACGAGAUCCGAAGGGGCAGGCAGCCGUGAUGCUGCGGGUGAGAGAGUGGGAGGCCCGCCUGCUGCGGGACAUUGAGGCAGCCGUGCAGCAUGAGCUCACCAUCCAGGCCGAGGGCGAGCCUAGCAUGGGCAUGAUCCAGGUCAGUGUCCAGGAGCCCGCCACCUCGGACUGACCGAGCCGUCCACACCUGCUGCCCUGCUGCACCCACUGCCGUGAGGUCCAUACAGGAUGCAGCGUGAGGGGAUUUUGUGUCUGAGGUGCUGAGGGGCAGGAACUGGAGGCAGGCUGUGUGACUUGAAAGAUCCUGGGUCUGACUGAGCCUCUGUUCUCCGACAUCUGGACUGGUCACGGGGACAUCUCUGUGCUUGUCUGACCCUCAUCAUUCUUAUCUGGAGAAUGACAGAAGCCCGUCCCAAGGCAAUGAAAGAGCAUAGGACCAAGGCCGCACAAGGGUGGCUGUGAGUCCUGCUCCCUCUGCCUGGGGAGAGACCUGGUUAAAGACACCUCCCAGGACGCCUGCAUAGACCAGCAAGACAGAGGGUGGGGGGAAGGUGGGCAGGAGGAAAGGAAAUUGGCUGCAGGCAUUCAAAAUGGGGCCCAGCCAGGCUGGUUCUAGUAGGUUCUCUGGGUUCCCUGGGACCCCGACUCUCAACUGAGGGUGGUGGAAUCUGCAGGGACACUUCUGUGGCUCCCUGGGUGGCACUAGAGGAGUGUGACCUCCUGCAGUUGCCCGGGGUGCUUGUGUCCUGCUUAGCGUCAGGGUCCUCCCGAGCGCUGGAUCUGUCACUCCCAGACCAUAUGACAAGGAAGAGGGGAGUCUAGGCCAGAGGAGCCUCAAGUCCCACACAGUGCCAGCUUCAGGGCCACCUUUGCAAGGAAAUGUCAUGGUCACUUAAAUAUAGAGCUAUAUGGUAUUCUCAGAAAUCACCACAUCUCACACUCUGUCUUAAAAGGAUUGGGGUUUUUUUUCUUGCUAAAAACAAGUAUGCUUACAUUUCCCGCCUUCCAGUCUGCACUGCCUCCUAACUGACCCCUCUGUGCAUCUGGGCUGGGUGGGCUGGGUCUCCUCAGGCAUAGGGACAGAAGAUUAUUACUAUUAUGGGGUCAGAUAGGGCCACCCUAAAAGGGAGACCUCAGACUGGGCCAAAAACCAGGAUGCGACAGGUGCUAAGGACAUGCGAGGUCCAGGGUGCCGUGUUUAAAGAAAUGGGGAAAAGUCUCAGUCACAGCCUAGGUAGGAAGUAAUUCAGAUCCGGGACGGGUUGAACGAUUCCAGCAGAGAGGAAGAUAAGACUCUUCACAAAGGAGGAGGGCCAGCCUGGCAGCAGAGUUCAAAUUCACCCAACACACUUCAUAAGGAACAAGAAUUCAUUGUUUGAGUCCUAUGUUUAAAUAUUGGCGAGUUUUCUAGACUAGUUCAACCUACUCAAACUGUUUGCUUUUUUUCUUUUUUCUUUUUUUCCUAAUUAUCAGGUUGUAAAAUUCUCAGAUUUAUAAAAAUGCUACAACUUGAUUGUUUCAAAUAAGAAAAUGUAAAAAUAGAAAGCAGAAAAAAUCACCUGGAACUACAUAACAGCAUGAUAGAUCUCGAGGGGCCAAUUCCUUCUGACCUUUAUUACUUAAAAUAAAUUGUUUUCACGAGAA